AUGUACUUUAGAGGGAAUCCCCUAGGUAGCCUAGUCUUCGCCACCUUGAAGGAGCCUAAUAAUACUGUGAAGACAAGCAGCGGAAUAGUCCAUGGCGGCCAAUGCAGCACAACCAGCGUAAAUUACUUCCACUCGAUUCCGUACGCGAAACCGCCUCUAGGAGAACUACGCUUUGCACCUCCUGAGCCAUACAAUAAUUCGCUCGGUGUGAUCAACGCUACAACACCGGCACCAGCAUGCAUUCAAUUCUCGGGGUUGUUCGAUGAGAAGACUGCGACAAGCGAAGAUUGUCUUUUCCUGGAUGUCUGGGCUCCAUCCUCUGCUAAUUCCGAGUCAAAACUUCCCGUGAAGGUAUGGCUAUACGGAGGAAGCAAUGAAGGCGGUGGAAUUUCAGAUCCGACAUAUAAUGGCUGUUUCUCUGCUGUGGACUCCAUUGUUGUCUCUAUCAACUACCGCCUCGGUCCUUUGGGAUUCUUAGCGUUGUCGGAUCUUGGCCUCACCGGAAACUAUGGCAUCAUGGAUCAACUUCUUGGCCUACGCUGGGUCCAGGAGAACAUCGUAGGGUUUGGCGGUGAUCCGAGCAAAGUCCUACUCUUUGGACAAUCCGCCGGCGCUAUUGACUCUUUCGUUCUUGCUACAUUACCCGAGGCACCCGAAUUAAUGAAAGCUGCUGCCUUAGAGUCUGGAGGUGGGAGAGAUAUAGCAACAGUGGACGACGCGAAAGUAUGGUAUUCAGAGUUCCUUGACGCGAUGAACUGCACGAAACAUGACAAUGCUUAUCAGUAUUUAGUUAUCAUGUCUUCGAAGCGCUCAUGUCGAUGGAAUCCGAGCCGCAACGGCAGCAAUGCCAAGUACUAG